GUAGGAAGAACGAUUUGUAGUUUUGUACGCAGAAACAAAAUCCUCUUUCGUCACUCUUUGUAAUUCCAUAUAUCGCCCUCCCCAAUCCCUGGCGUAUGACUUUCUAUUUCAAUGCAGUUUGGGAUUAAAAUUAAAAAAUUAGGGCACGAAAUCGACUACUUACCAUCGGUUGUAACGCAACGAAUGAGAUGUAAUUGCCCUAUUCUGCACGAAUAACGUUUUCGAAGGAUUAAAGUUCGUUUUUUCAUAGUUAAAAAGAUUAUAGGGUUUGGUUUUGCUGUUCGCGGAAAAACGCAUGAAGGGUCCGUUAGAUCGGACGAAAGUUGUGCUUCGGCACUUGCCGCAUACGAUAUCCCAGUCGGCGCUCAUGGAGCAAAUUGACGCCCGUUUUUCCGGUCGCUAUAAUUGGUUCAGUUUCCGUUCCGGAAAGCAAAGCCUGAAGUGUCAAUCAUAUUCCAGAGCCUAUAUUGACUUUAAGAGGCCAGAGGAUGUCAUUGAGUUUGCAGAGUUCUAUGAUGGGCAUGUUUUUGUUAACGAGAAGGGUACCCAAUUUAAAACAAUAGUUGAGUAUGCACCUUCACAGCGUGUUCCAAAGCAAUGGUCUAAAAAGGAUGGGCGUGAAGGGACCAUAAUGAAAGAUCCUGAAUAUCUUGAAUUCCUUGAAUCUGUUUCAAAGCCUGUUGAGAAUCUUCCAAGUGCAGAGAUACAAUUGGAGAGAAAGGAAGCUGAACGAGCUGCUGUAGGUGCUGCUAAAGAGGCUCCUAUAGUCACACCAUUAAUGGAUUUUGUUCGCCAGAAAAGAGCUGCCAAGGGUGGACCCCGGAGGUCUUUGCCUAAUGGGAAGUUAAUGAGAAGGAAUGGUGCAUCAUCUUCAAGUUCAAAUUCUACUGUAGUGAAACGUGGUUCUGAAAAGAGAAAUUCUACCAUGUAUGUCCAAAGGGAAGGUGGAAAGAGCACAAAUGGGAAAGAAAAGUCAACUUAUGUCAAACGAGCUGAACGUCAGGCUUCUGAAAAGUCUCCUAGUUCAUCCACUCAAUCUGGAAGUGUAGUAUUGGAUGAAGAGAAGGGUUCUUUUGGAGCCUCUGAUACUGGGAAGAAGAAAAUUUUGCUGUUAAAAGGAAAAGAAAAGGAAAUUCCCAAUGUCACCACUGGCAUGACACCUCAGCAGAAACUUUUAUAUGGUUCUGGUGGUGGCAGACAGAAUCAACGACAGGAGGCGAGUGGAAGGAUCAUAAGAAGCAUACUUCUGAAAGAUUCAAGACAAAAUCAAUCUGAACAGAAUCAGGAUAAGGAUAGAAGACCACCUAGGCCACAAAAUGUGGGCCCACUUUCAAACGGUUUACAAGAUGAUAAACCUCAAGAUGGAUUUUAUGGUCGCAUGCGAGUGAUGAGUCUUUGUCAUCUUCCGCUUCUCAAUCCACACAACUGCUACCGGAUAGCGCAGAAGGCUCCUCCUAUAAACACAGUGGUAAUCGCCGGGCAUCUUCACAUAAUGCUAAUAAGGAGUCGGAUGUCUUUUCAAAUUCAAACGAGGGAAAACCUCCAAAAAGAGGAGUUUCUGCUGGCUAUGAGAAGCGAGUGUGGGUUCAAAAGCCAAGUUCUGGCUCUUAGGUGUGUCACUAAAGUAAUGGAUUUAAAACCUGCUUGCACCCGGGAAAGUAUUCUUUCAAUCAACCAGUGAUCAAAACAAUAUAAUCAUGAAUUGAAGAAAAAAGGAAAUAUUCCCGAAACCCUAGAGGGACUCCACUACCCUUAUUUUACAAAUGGAGCAAGAACAGGAAAGAGAAUCAAAAAGGUGUUUUUUUUUCUUAAAACAAAAGAAGUAACCCGUAGAAAAAGACGAAACUAUCCCUUUGAAGCGGGAACAUGGUUGCCCAAUGGAGCUGUCGAUAUCAUCAUCAUCAUCAUGUAUGUGAAUAUGACUUGGCUCGUCGGAUUUUACCGUUUUACCCUUUUAAAGGUGAUUGUAUAUACUAUACUAUACUAUACUAUACUUCCUAAUUUGGAAUGGGAAUGGUGUGUGUUGCCUCUUGAUACCAUAAUGUGUGCACAUAAAAACAUAGAUAAAGGGAGACGUGGGCUUCAAUUUCUGUAAUUUCAAGAAAGCCAUAGUAAGAACUAAGAACCGGCUUUUUCAUUGUGGGAUUUGUUUUGAUAAUACUUUUUUUUUUAAUUUAUUUUUUUUAUUAUUAUUAAUU